AUGCCCUUUGUGGCAAAUAAUGCAACUUUACGUGCAAUCACAGACAAUGCAGGACAUGCAUUAAUUGGAUUCUGUACUUGGAGUGCUGUCUCAGGUCUCGAUACCACCAACAGUGUCUUGCAGUCCAUUCUCUGUGGAGUUUUUGCCAGUAUAUUGGAUAUAGAUCACUUCAUUUCUGCUAAAUCACUGAAACUCAAGGAUGCUGUGUCUCUACCAUCUAGACCACUAUUCCAUGCCACAAGUCUGAUUCCAGUCAUAGCUAGUGUUAUAGCACUAAUUGAAUACUUCUGUGCUGGGAAAUACAGACUGAAACCUGUGUGGCUUAUUUUUACAACUGCAUGGUUGUCACAUCAUCUGAGAGACGCUGUUCGUCGUGGACUUUGGUUUUGGCCAAUCGGGAGUACUCCUGCUUUACCAUAUUGGCUAUACAUGAUCUGCAUCUUAUCAUUGCCAGUAGUGUCUCAUCUCAUUUUCAAACUAACUGCUACCAUGGAAACAGAGAGAGCAGCAUCAUAUAACCAAAUAUAA